UUAUGAAAUGGUUUUAAAUGUUCAAGAGGUCAUUUCCCUCGUUCGGAUGAUGUUUUUCCCUUUGAUCCCGACCUAUGAACCCUAAGUGAUAAUAUAAAUAAAGAAUAAUUAAUGUAAUUGGAAGAAUCUACUGUCAAGUUUAGUUUUAACACGUAUCCACGGGUUCUUCACAGUCUGAAGAUGUUGUCACAGAAAACAUCUGGAAUGUUGGUUGUGAUUUCAAUUGUGAUAGCUUUCACUGUCACAUGUCACGGAAGUGCAGAAGAGUGUGACGAAGAUGAAUUCAAGUGUCGAAGGGGCGAAUGUAUUCCAGACGUGUGGAAGUGUGAUGGCGAACCGGACUGUAGAAACGGAAAAGAUGAAAAGAAUUGUCCGACAGAGAGAUGUGACGAAGACCAUCAUUUAUGCAAUGACAAUUCACCCAAUCGCUGUAUCCCAAUAGCCUAUAGAUGUGACAAUGACCCUGAUUGUGAAGAUGGCAGCGAUGAGGACCCUGCAAUCUGUAGAGCCCCAAGACCAAGUGGAUGAAAAUAUACAAAAACUUGCACAGUAACAGAAACUGAGCGUAUAGUGUCAUUUCACUGUCAGAGAUUAUCCCGGUAGUUCAAAAAACAUUUCUACAAUUUAAUUUACAAAUUUUUCGUUUUUAUUGUUAUGCAUUGUUUAUUUCAAAUAUUAAAUUUUUACAUUUUC